UUGGGCUCGGCCGACGAUAAGAGAGCAGUGCGCAUUGUGCUGCUCGGCGCGGCCUCCACAUCCCACCGGCGUCAGCAUAUGCCAUGACGUUGCCCCGCCUCGACUCGGCGCGGCAACGACGGCGGCACACAUGCAGAUGAUCGCGCUGGCACCCGGGACAUGAUUCCGAACAGCCUCCCUCUGCUUCUGCUCUCACCAGUAGUCCUCUACGUCGACAUUGAUUUUCUGUUUCUUGGCCUUGCACAAAGGACUUCCUCACUACUAUGACCGCAACCGAACCUAGCGAACCCUCUUCGUCUAGUGGGAACGAUACUGCUCGUACACCUGAGAAUGAUUCGUCACUGCGGAGCAAGACGCGCCGUCUUUUCCAUAACAUAGGUUCCCGACGGGGCUCAAGCAGCAGAGCUCGGUCCAUCCCGGAAGCCGAUACACCUACUGGCGACUCACCGAACACAUCUUCCGAUGAGCUUCACGCGCCGAGGGAAGCUUCGCAGGCGUCAGGCGCGCACGAAGUGCCCGUCCUUACCUCCGACGAGGGCUCAAGUGCGACGCCCGUGUUGGUGAACUUGAACGAGUCGGCUCCAUCAGAAGACCCUCCUGCAUAUGUGGACGCCCGACGACCAACAGAAACCAUCACUUAUGUUUUCACCCCUUCCGGGGCGAAUGCUAUCUUGUUAUUGCCGCCUUCCCAGGCCGCAGACUCGCGACCAUUGUACCAUAUAUCUGUGGCCAUGAACGUCUUCGUGCCCACAUCGUUCAUCACUACUGUUCGUCGCGGUGGCACUGAAGAGGGGCCUAUUGUAGGCGACUUCGAGAUGGGAAUUUCAAACAAAGCCAGCACCGUUUUCAUCCGGAAUCGGGAAUGCACAGUUCAUGAUGCGCUUCAUCCCAAGACCUUCAAAGGCGACAUACUCACAUGGACUCUGGCUGACAAGGAAAUUCAAUGGGACAUCACCAGCGACCCACGACUGUACAUUUGCUUCAGAAUGGAGAAGGCGGUCAUGGAGAGAGUUGUCCUUGCCCGCUUCCUGCCCAAUCGCAGCCUUCGCCUUCCUGACGCGCGACACCGUACGCAAAUGCUAGAAAUCACUCCCGCUGGGCAAGAGUUUCUAGAUGACAUCCUCUUAUCCGCCUUGAUCAUCGAGCGACGGCGACGCCGGCCUACCAGGCAUACGGACAUGUUCAACUGAUUGUGUAAUGUCUAGUCAAUGUAUAGUACGACGGGUCGCCGUAAUGUGUAGUAGAGAUCGUGCAUGCUAACAGCUCG